CAUUUGGAAACUCGGGCACUACCCGAGGGCCCGGAGUCAGUAGGGGGCCCCAUGAGAUGCCCCUGGUACCUUUUUUGAGUUUUUUGGGCUUUUUUGAGUUUGGGCAAGGACACAGGGGCCCCAUGAUCCCCUAUUGCCCGGGGCCCCAUGAGUGGUCAGUCCGCCCCUGGUUAGGACCUGUAACAGCUAAACAGAUGAAAUAUAUGAGAUUGAUUUUACAACUGCCAAAGAUAUUGGCCUUCCUCUAGCUUGCAGCUAGACAUAGAACAGAGAAGUAGCAGACUGUCACAGUACUCUCUAGU